AUGGGUCUCCGAAGACUUGUCGUCGCUGCGCUCUCGGCCACCGCGUUCGUUGGAACUCAUGCUGCCAUCGUGCCACGAUGCGAGACUGAGCCUCCUACGACCACUGCCACGACCACCACCCCCGAGCCGACACCUCCUGUGUGUACUAACUUUAUCGAGAACUACAGCUUCGAAGAUGGAGGCACCGGUUGGAUCAUUGCCACCGGUGCCGUCAAAGCUGGCGAUGUUUCUAUUCCCGCGCAGCAUGAAGACAACUACGUAGAGUUGAAAUUGCACCGGUGGGCCACAUGGGGCUACAUCAGGCAGACUCUCACCCCCUUGGAGGUGGGCAAGUCCUACAAGCUCAAGUUCUACUACGGUCUGGGCCAAACCCAGCAAGUCAACGUACCCGGUUGCAAGAUCUCAAUCAGGCUUAGCAGCGCUGGCGUCGGCGCCGAGAUCCCUCUGGCCUUCCAGACGCCCGGCGUGUAUACCGAGGUGGAGAGGACGCUUGUCCCCACGGUUGCGAACCCACUCUUCGAAGUCUGGGCGCUCUGCAAUCCCGCCCUCCCGGCGGAUAUCGAUGUGCUCCUCGACAACUUCUCCAUCGUUGAGGACCCAUGUGUUGAUGAGCCCACGCCUACCGAGACCCCAACGACGAGCUCUGCACCAGCGACGUCGACAACUGCGGCGCCCGCCUGCACCAACCGUAUCUUGAACCCCAGUUUUGAGGAUGGCGUGGAUGGCAAGGACCACUGGACUCUUCCACCCGGUGCCUGGGUCCAGGGAAUUGAUGGCGCGCAGACGGCAUAUGAUGGCAACGGUUACAUGUUUGUCACCCUUCCAAGUGGCUGGACCGCAGCCUUCACCCAGACCCUGUCUGAUGUCGAGAUCGGCGAGACCUACACACUAGAGCUCCACUACGCUCUCGGUACCUUCCAGAACUUCGCCAUCAGCAAGUGCACGUUCACCGUUUACCUCGACGGCGUGCAGCUGGGAGCUACCAUCUCUCCCACGCCUGGACCAGUCUCGCAGUGGAUAUCGGUGGUGAGGACCCUGACGCCUGUAAAUGCUACACCCGUCUUGUCCGUCUCGAGCACGUGCAAUGGUGGCCAGGUCAACUUUAUGUUUGAUGCUUUCUCGCUUGUGGAGGAGGCUUGCACUUGA